UCGCUUUUGUUAUUUAACGGCUCGACUUCAUCGAAAAUCAAUUAUGCCUAAUGACCUCAACGCUACUCUCCAAAAUCUUCUUACUUGGCCGGGUACUUUGGAAGUUUGUACUGCUGCUACUCUUACUCGCAUUUUGUAGGAGUUGGAUGACGAUUAGUACGUACCAGAGCACAUUGUCGGUCGACCUGCUAUCAAUUAUCUUACUCCUUUUUCUGUCUUGCUUGGAGCUAUAUCAGGCAACAACUUUCGACACCAUAAAUCUUCCCUCCUCAACUAUUGUGGUGUCAAACCACUCCCAAAACUUGAAGAGAAUCACCUUGCAAAAAGCCAGUGUCAUUUGUCGGGUUCCACGUACUCCAUUGUCAUUUAGAUACAUGACGUCUCCAUUUCUGACUCUGACAACAACAAACAAACACUGCAACUUGACAACACAAUUCAUAAAAUUCUCUCAAAUCGUACGUCAGCUAGCACAUAAAUCUGCAGUUGAUCAAUACAAUUAACCUUUCAUUUCCGAUGCACUGAGAACUUGUGUAUUGGAUUGAGAAGUUAAGCACAUAGAGUCAACGAGAGUAUGGCGUGUGUUUCGUUCCUGAGAUGUUUCCCUGCCAGCUUAAUUUGCUAAUUAAGCUGGACUCUGGUGAUAAAGUUUGAAUUUAACUU